AUCUGUCCACAGGGGCUGAAGGUGACCAUGGAGGAAGAAGAUGAGUCUCGAGGGAAGACAGAGGAGUCGGGUGAGGAUCGAGGUGAUGGCCCGUCCGACAGAGACCCCACGCUUUCUCCUUCAGCCUUCAUCCUGCGGGCCAUUCAGCAGGCUGUGGGGAGCUCUCUGCAGGGGGAUCUGCCGAAUGACAAAGAUGGCUCUCAGUGCCAUGGCCUUCGAUGGAGGCGCUGCCGGAGCCCACGGUCAGAGCCCCGUUCCCAGGAGUCAGGGGGUCCUGACACAGCUACUGUGUUGGACAUGGCUGCAGACAGCUUCCUGGCGGGGCUGGUGAGUGUCCUGGAUCCCCCGGACACCUGGGUCCCCAGCCGCCUGGACCUACGGCCUGGCGAAGGCGAGGACAUGCUGGAGCUGGUGGCCGAGGUCCGAAUAGGGGACAGGGAUCCCAUCCCUCUGCCUGUGCCCAGCCUGCUGCCCCGUCUCAGGGCCUGGAGGACAGGCAAAACGGUUUCGCCACAGUCUCACUCUUCCCGACCCACAUGUGCCCGCCACCUCCUCACCCUGGGCACAGGCGGGGGGCCCUGCCCCACCCCCUGCCCCCUCCUCCGCAUCCUCCUCACCUUCCCCUUCUCCCUCAUCAUCUUCCCCUUCCCCUCCGUCGCCAUCAAGCGGACCAUCACGGUGGGCCGGCUGGACAAGGCCGACCCGCGCGGGCCGUCCCCGGGCCCGGCCUCGUCGCCCAAGCGCGAGGUCCUGUACGACUCGGAGGGACUGAGCGGUGAGGAGCGGGGCGGCAAGGGCAGCGAGAAGGACCGCCGGCGCUCCGGGGCUGCCUCCUCGUCGUCGUCCUCUCGGGAGAAGGGGUCGCGCAGGAAGGCUCUGGACGGGGGGGACCGGGACCGGGACAGAGACAGGGACAGGGACAGGUCAUCCAAGAAGGCCCGGCUUCCCAAGGAGUCGGCGCCUUCCUCAGGGCCCCCGCCAAAGCCACCGGUCAGCAGCGGCUCGGGCUCGUCCUCUUCCUCCUCGUCCUGCUCGUCCCGCAAGGUGAAGCUGCAGUCCAAGGUGGCGGGGCUAAUCCGCGAGGGCGUCAGCAGCACCACCCCGGCCAAGGACGCCGCCUCUGCCGGCCUGGGCUCCAUCGGCGUCAAGUUCAGCCGCGACCGCGAGAGCCGCUCGCCCUUCCUCAAGCCGGAUGAGCGCGUCCCCGCCGAGGUGGCCAAAGCAGCUCCGGGCAGCACCAAGCCCAAAAAGACCAAGGUCAAGGCCAAGGCUGGGGCCAAGAAAGCCAAGGGGACCAAGGCCAAGACCAAGCCGUCGAAGACCAGGAAGAAGGUCCGCGGCAGCAGCGGCGGGGCCGUCUCGCUGAAGAAGUCCAAGGCGGACAGCUGCAGCCAGGCGGCGGGCGCCAAGGUGGCGGAGGAGACCUCCUGGUCCGGGGAAGAGCGAGCGGCCAAGGCGCCCAGCACGCCGCCCCCCAAGGCGGCCCCUCCACCGCCUGCGCUCACCCCGGACUCCCAGACUGUGGACAGCAGCUGCAAGACGCCUGAGGUCUCCUUCCUGCCGGAGGAGGCCACUGAGGAGGCCGGGGUUCGAGGUGGGGCAGAGGAAGAGGAGGAGGAGGAGGAAGAGGAGGAGGAGGAGGAAGAAGAGCAGCAGCCUGCCACCACCACGGCCACCAGCACAGCAGCGGCAGCCCCAAGCACUGCCCCCAGCGCGGGCUCCACAGCUGGCGACUCCGGGGCGGAGGAUGGGCCGGUGCCCCGUGUGUCCCAGCUGCCCACGCUGCCCCCACCCAUGCCCUGGAACCUGCCAGCUGGUGUGGACUGCACCACCAGUGGUGUCCUGGCCUUGACUGCACUUCUCUUCAAGAUGGAAGAAGCCAAUCUGGCGAGCCGAGCAAAGGCCCAGGAGCUAAUCCAGGCCACCAACCAGAUCCUCAGUCACAGGAAGCCACCCUCAAGUCUUGGGGUGACCCCAGCUCCUGUGCCCACUUCUCUGGGUCUGCCCCCUGGUCCCUCCAGCUACCUGCUUCCUGGCAGCCUCCCCCUCGGAGGCUGUGGCUCCACCCCUCCGACCCCCACUGGGCUAGCUGCUGUGUCUGAUAAGAGAGAGGGCAGCAGCAGCUCCGAGGGACGAGGGGACACAGACAAGUACCUGAAGAAGCUGCACACGCAGGAGCGGGCAGUAGAGGAGGUGAAGCUGGCCAUCAAGCCAUACUACCAGAAGAAGGACAUCACCAAGGAGGAGUACAAGGACAUCCUGAGGAAGGCCGUCCACAAGAUCUGCCACAGCAAAAGCGGGGAGAUCAACCCAGUGAAGGUGAGCAACUUGGUGCGGGCCUACGUCCAGCGCUACCGCUACUUCCGCAAGCACGGCCGCAAACCAGGGGAUCCCCCGGGGCCCCCAAGGCCGCCCAAGGAGCCAGGGCCCCCCCCCGACAGGGGCGGCCCGGGUCUGCCCCUGCCCCCUCUCUGAGACCCCCAGCCACCCCUUCCCCCCUUCGCCUCUGAAAUUCUGGACAUAUUUAUGGCUCCGCCACCCCACUUCCCUCCCUGGUCAGUGGGAUGACGGGGAGGGUUGCUGCUGGGAUGAGGAGAGCCCCCUGCCCUGCCCAUCCUCCUCGUUCCCGGGCGGCUUGUCCCCAUGGCCCCACCCCUCUGUUUGUGCCCCUCCUCCCAGUUUCAUUAAAGGUUUCAUGAAAUCCUC